AUGGAAAAUGACAACUCAGGGUCAGCAGGUGUUUGCCAAAGGUUGGGAUUGGAAAGUGGCUCAAAUGAGGUAACUAAAUGGGGCCAUGGAUUUGAUCAAGAGAGAUUAUACGACCACCCUGCUUGGGUUUAUGGUUUAUAUCAUUAGACGCUUGAUCAUCGUAGUUAUGGUCAAGCAAAAAGAUGGGAAUGCGACGAUUAUCUUGUUGGCGUGACCACUGGUGAUUUCUGGAAGAUUUAUGUUCGCUAA